AAUACCCCACUCCAUAUCGCAUGCAUACAGGGCAACUCAGACGUGUUUGAUGAGCUGACCACAAAAUCCUCGGUGGAUAUCGAGCUUAUCAAUGAGAAGGGAGAGAAGCCAAUCCAUUUGGCAGCUCAAAAUGGCAAUGUUCAUAUAGUGAUGCAGCUCUUGGGAAUGGGGGCGUCGAAAAACGUUCGUAAUGAUGAGCAGUUUGAUCCUCUGCAUCUAGCCGUUCGAGGAGGCCAUCUCGAUUUGGUCAGAAAGCUCCUU